AUGAUCAAGAAUGGUAUCUCAGUUUCUGUAAAUGACAACCAGCUCACUGCAGAAGUAAAUGAUCCAGAGUCACCUAAAAGUGCAACCAUUCAGCCAGUGUCAGAUAAAUGUUUGGGUUCAAAGCUUGACAGACCAGUUGACUUACAAGUGGACGCUAGUGCUGUUAAAUCUGAGAUCCUAGGGGCUGCUUCUGUGCAGGAGAUGAAUGCAGCUGAAUCAAUUGAAGCCAAAAAAAUGCAGAUGGCUUCUGUCGAAGUGUCUCAAUCAGUGGUAUCUGAUACAGAUUAUAAGACGUCAAAUAAUGAAAGUUAUGAGUCAAAGCCACAGGAGGCAGAGGGAGAAUUUUCAGUCGUGGAGUCUAAGUUACUUGAGGCAGAGGAUCAAGCCACAGAAAAUGUUCCCAACAAAGAGGAACUACAGCAUAACGAGAGAGAAAAUCCUGAUUCUACUGAGUUGAAAUUGGCGUUUUCCGAAGAUAAGGAGCAUGAGCAACAUGAUAAGGCGGAGCAGGACAAACAGAGAAUCUCCACUGAACUUUCACCUAAUGCACCUACAUUGGAAUUGAAAGCUGUUUCGACUAAUGAAAUAGAUGUUGGUCGUCAAAUGGAGCUUUCUGACUCAUCCAAAGCUGAGGAAGGGAUGGAAGUUGUGCAUGUGGUGUCUUUGGCAAAAGAUUUACCUGCAUCAGACAACCCCGAACUGCUUAAAGAGGUGACUCAGUCUUUUGUGGGCACUGGCAGGUCUGAUGGAAGCAUAUCCUCAGUAGCUUUGGAUGUUUCAGGGGAUCAGGUUAGUGAAGAAAAGGUGGCGGUCUCCGCAGAGGGUAUAACAGAUUCAAGUGGAUUAUCAUCCAAUCCGAAUACCUUCGAGUGUGGAGUGUCGAGUAUUCUGAACUCCAAUAGUCUUCAAGAACCUGAAGACACUUCAAAGAAUUCUCUUUCAGAUGACAAGCAAUCAACAGGAGUUGAUGAUCCUGUAAUUGAAAGAACCGGAGUUGAUGAUCCUGUAAUUGAAAGAACCGAAGAAACAAGUUUUACCAUGGAAGAGGUGAACAAGGGUGGACAUCCAGAAAAUGAGCUUCUUGCAAACAAUGAAACAACCCCUGUAGCCAUUUCUUGUUUAUCUGAAGCUAUUCAAACUACGGUCACUCUUGGAGGAAGUGACCAUGGCGAACAUGAAAAGGUCGGAACCGAAUGCCCAAUUGGAGCUGGGGGUGAAACUGAGAAAGAAAGGACUGAGGAAAAGCUGGCAGGAGUUUCUGAAGGUGAUAUCUGCCCAGUUGGAGGACAUAAUGACCUUGCUAUAGUUACAGACACAACUGUGCAUGAAAGCAGGAAAGAAAUUUUUCAUGAAGCCUCUGAAGAUGCGUCAAUUAGCAAUGAUGCCAAAGCAUUGGAGUCUGCAAGUGCAACUGGAUUGGAUUCCAAAGUAAUCAGUGAUUGUGACGUGAAAGAGCGCACUGAUUUGAACAGUUGUGUUGUUGAUACUGAUUUGAACAGUCGUGUCGGUGAUACUGAUUUGAACAAUUCUGUUGGUGAUACUGAUUUGAACAAUCGUGUUGUCGUUAACUCCCCUGCAGGAGAUGUCCUUAAAAGUGCCACUGGUGUCAUUUCAUCAGCCUCACAGAAUGAGGGUUAUGACAAGCUCAUAAAACAGAACGAAACUGUUUCUGCAGUGGAUACACCAAUUUCAUCAAGUAGCAGAGCUGAUAGCUUGGAUGCCAACUGGGGUUCUAUAUCAGUUCUUUCUACCCAGUCCGAGUCGACUGCCAUUCCUGAUGCUGAAACAACUGAUACUCAAAGACUCGAGAAGUCGGAGCAUGACUUGCAGAAAACAACUUCUGGAUCUGAGGAGUGCCAUCCUGACAAGUCGGAUGUUUAUGUGCCUCCGUCUUUCAUGACAUUGGUUGAAUCGGGUGAAAGUAGUGCUAACAAGAAAGCCACUGCUUCUGAGAUCGAAACACAGCUGAACGCUCAACGGCCGAAAACAGAAUCUCUUAAAGCAGGUUGGUUCCCUUCUAUUACGAAUGUGCUGAAUGAAUCUCAAGGGAGAAAGAAGAAUGAGGAGAUAAUUGCAAAAGUCACAAACUGGAGCACCGGGAAGCAGCAACACACUCCCUUGAAAAGUCUACUUGGUGAAGCCAGAUCUCCAAACGUAAAACAAGUUCCGCCAUCAGCUAACAAGAAAGAUGAAACUGCAAGUACUAAGACAACGACAGUGAACUCGAUUCUGAGCUCAGAGGCACCAACUGCUGUAAGUAAAGAGGCGGAGAAAGAAUGGAAUUCUCCCGCGAGGUAUCCUGUUGACAUCAAGAAGGAAAAGAGGAAGACGAAACCAUAUUGGGUACUAUUUGUUUGCUGCUCUUCAGUACAUCAAGACACGUAGUUCCUUUGUUGCGUGAA